AAGAUCUCUUUUUGUUACCUCCGCUCUCGUUCACAAGCUGCAGCUUCGCUCUCGAUGGCCGCUCUCGUCUCCUCGUCAAUCCCCUCUCUCUUCUCCCUAAACCCUAGAAAUCACAAAAGCAAACCCCUCCAUUUUUUCUUCUUAAAUCCUAACCCUAAUCUCAACAAUCCUCAUCGCCUCUCCUUCACCCCUCGAAACCCUAGCUCCUCCCCGCUCACCAUCCUAACCCCUAGAAAACUCAGAGCCAACACAGACGAGUGGGGUGAGAAAUCGGAUCCUGAACCCGAACCCGCAUCCAAACCCGAUCCGCCGAAGGAAGACGACGAAUGGGACAAGGACUCGUCGCCGUCAGCCAAGAUCACCGACAAAUGGGGCGAGAAAUCGGAUCCGGAUCCAGAGGCGGCAUCGGAACCCGAUCCUCCGAGGGAUGAGGAUGAGUGGGGGAAGGAAGCGAGUUCGGGCUCCGAACCCGAACCCGAACCCGAACCCGUACCUGAACCCGAGAGUGACAAGUUGGGGGACUUAAAGAGGUGCCUUGUGGAUAAUCUCUACGGAACUGAGUAUGGACUGAGAGCGAGCGCUGAGGUUAGGGCUGAGAUUUUUGAGCUGGUAAGCCAGUUGGAGGCGGAGAAUCCGACACCGGCGCCGAACGAGACGGCGGAGUUUCUUGAUGGGAAUUGGAUUUUAUUGUACACAGCAUUUUCUGAGCUUUUACCUCUUGUAGCGAUUGGCACUAUACCUUUGCUGAAGAUAAAAGAGAUAUCUCAACAAAUUGACACCAGAAGUAUGUCGAUAAUUAAUGCUACAACUCUCUCUAGCCCAUUUGCUACUUUCUCUUUUAGCGCAACGGCUUCAUUUGAGGUUCGAAGCCCAUCAAGAAUACAGGUGCGAUUCAAGGAAGGAGCAUUCAAGCCUCCAGAAAUAUCAUCCACUGUAAAUCUCCCUGAAAACAUUGAAGUCUUCGGGCAAAAGAUCAGCCUGUCCCCUGUUCAGCAGUCACUAAACCCUUUGCAGGAGGCUGUUGCCAACAUCGCACGCAGUAUCUCUGGUCAGCCACCACUCAAGAUUCCCAUUCCUGGAGACAGGACGGCAUCAUGGCUCUUGACGACUUACCUCGAUGCGGACUUCAGAAUUUCAAGAGGCGACGGAGGCUUGUUUGUGCUUGCAAAGAAAGGGAGCCCUCUGUUGGAUCAGCUUUCAUGAAAAUAACUGUUGUAAAUAUAUGCAUGUAUUCUUGUCAUUUUUGUAGCUUGAUCAUUCCACAAGAUGGUUGUAUUCAUUUGAAUUGAUCAUGCCAGAUUUUUUGGCAGAUGUUGAAAUAACUGCACUAUGAUAUAUAUAUACAGCUCUUUAUGCAA